AUGAAUUUGUCAACAAAACGGAUCAACUUAUUGGGGAAUUGUGUAUAUUGGAGAAAUAGGAUCUUGGUUAUUAUAUAAUCAAUUAUUUUCACUUUUCCACUUUACAACCAACCUUGAAUCCUGACAGAAACCACUUGAAAGUGAAACCUUGGCAACUAUAAAUAGUAUUAUUCUGAAAGUGCGAAAAAUCUCAUUCAAAUCGCUGCCCAGUCUCUACCCAGUUUUAAAAUGCCUGUACCCAGAGUAAUUUUCGUACUUGGCCCCCCAGGUGCUGGAAAAGGCACUCAAUGUAAACGAAUUGUAGAAAAAUAUGGAUAUGUCCAUUUAUCAGCAGGCGAUUUACUCCGGGAAGAAAGAGCAAAGCCUGGAUCUCAAUAUGGGGAGCUAAUAGAAAAUUAUAUACGAGAGGGUAAAAUAGUUCCUGUUGAAAUAACAUGUAGUUUACUGGAAAAAGCUAUAGAAGCUUCUGGUAAAGAAGCUUUUCUCAUUGAUGGGUUUCCCAGAAGCAAAAAUAAUUUAGACGGAUGGAAUAAUACUGCAGGAACACGCAUCAACCUUUCAUUUGUUUUGUAUUUUGACUGCCCAUUAGAGACAUGUACAGAAAGGUGUUUAGCUAGAGGUGCUGCUGGUAGUGGACGUUCUGAUGAUAAUCUCGAGAGUUUGCAAAAACGAGUAAGAACAUUUUUAUCAGAAACAGAACCCAUAAUCCAGCAUUACAAAGCAAUGGAUAUGGUCAAAACAGUAGACGCCACAAAGACGGAAGAAGAAGUCUUCAAAGAAGUUACUGAAAUUUUCGACAAAAUCAAAGUUUAAGUCAGUGCGGCAACGAUCAGUAUUUAUUUAACAGUAAUACCUCAAGAUUCCAAGAUUCAUCUUGAUUCUAGUGAUUUGAUGCUUUUUUCCAUCAGUGAUAAAUUGUAAAUUUAAGAUUAUUUAUUUAAUUUGCAGAUGAGGUGUUUAAAGAUAUUACUGUGACACUUGACAGAUAGUUUACUUUUAUUUAGACGUUCAGCUUCAGUUCAAUAAAUCGUUAAAAUACUCAUUCGAUAUUCAUGUAUCCUUUGCACAAAUGUGAUCAAUUUUUUUGUACUGAAUAGUGUAAUAUCAGUAUUUUACAGGUAGCAUUUAUUGGUCGAGGUGUAUAGUGAAAUUCAAAAUAAAUACAAAAACACUG